AUGGCCUCGGCGGCGUUUGGCCCGGUGAUGGCCGCGCCGGGCCCCUCGCCCCGUCGCCCCGUCUCCCCCAGCCCCCUUUCCUCCCCACGGAGGGGGACUAGCACCUGCGCGCCCCGCUCGGGGGCUCCUCGUUCGCCCCGCGCCCCCCCGCGCCCCGAGACCCCCAUCCCGCGCAGCCGCGUCCAGCGGCGGGCUCGGAACCCGCCAGCUCCGCGGGGAAGCGGGCCGAGCGCAGUCCCGGCCGCCCGCGCGGGGACACAUCCCCGAACGUCCCCCGGCCGCAGCCCCCGGUCCCCCUCUCCGCUCCGCCACUGCCCGGUUCGACUCCCACGGUGGCCUCGAGGAGGCGGGAGCGGGGCCGGGCCGGAGUGCAGGGGGCCCCGUGCGCCCUGCCGGACGCGCGCGGGGCCCUGGCCGCAGGGGGGAGCGAGGCGCGCGUCCCCGCGCUCCGCCCGGGUCCGCGGCCCCCCGCCCACCCCGCGGUGGCCUCGCCCGCAGCUCGCGACCCCGCCUCGCGACCCCGCGCCUCGGAGCAGCCCUGCCCGCGACCCCCCCCCCCGGCAGCCCUCCCGGCCCGGCCCCGGGCCUGCGCCGCGCCUCGCCGAGGUCCCCGGGGUGCAGCGGUCCCCCGCAGUCCAGGGUGCCCCCGGUGCGGCGCGGCCUCGGGACACUCACCGCCCGCAGCCCGCGGGGCUGCGGCCUCACUCGGCUCCCGGCCCGGAUCCGCGAACUUGCAGUUUUCCUCGGAGCCCCCUGAGCGGCUGGGCGUAG